AUGCCGUCCCCACCAAUGAACCGGAAUAUCAGCGACUCCAAUCCCCGAGGACCAGAUGUGGCCAACCUGCCAAGGACCUGGAUGACCCCCAACGAGUACUUCCACAAUUUGGCCAUUUCCAUGCCGGUCAUAGAAGAUCUUGCUACAUCCCAAGCCAAUGCCGUCUCACAAUCCAGACUCGUGCGGUCUACCAUGCCCCUAAACGAUUCAAAAAGUGCCAUUCCUCCAAACUGGACUCCCCAGGCCACGGACCUAUGGCAUCAAUGCCCUGAGAACUGGACACAGCUGGAUCACAAUGUAGGCAAUCAGGAUACCCCCGGACGGACCCAGGCCCCAAUUUCAACCAGGAUGGAAAACGGUGCCGUGAACCCACCCCAUCCCUGA